AUCAUUUCAAUUGGCUAUUUUUAGUGAAUGUAGGCGGUCAGUUGCGAUGAAGCAUUUUUAGAUGCCACUGACUCAGGGGUGGAGGACAUUCAAGCUUUUGUCCAUCUGAUCAGGAAGGAGAUUGUUGAGUCAACAGGCUGCACUGCAAGUGCUGGUAUUGCUAGAAAUAUGCUCUUGGCCCGUCUUGCUACAAGAACUGCUAAACCAGAUGGACAAUGUUGUAUCCCUCCUGAAAAGGUUAAAGAGUAUCUACAUGACCUUCCAGUAAAAGCCCUCCCAGGAAUUGGUCAUGUCUUGGAAGAGAAACUUAGAAAGAGACUAGUAACAACUUGUGGGCAGCUGCAGAUGAUACCCAAGGAAUCUCUUCAAAAAGAUUUUGGUCUAAAAACUGGUAAUAUGUUAUGGAACUACAGUAGAGGGAUUGACACCCGGUUGGUUGGACUUGCACAGGAAAACAAGUCAUUAGGUGCUGAUGUCAACUGGGGUGUAAGGUUCAAGGAUCUGAAAGAUGCUCAACAUUUCUUAAAGAAGCUCUGUGAUGAGGUUUCAUUGCGUUUGCAGGGAUGUGGCGUUAAGGGCCGCACUUUUACCCUUAAGAUAAAGAAGAGGAAGAUUGAUGCUGGGGAGCCUGCAAAAUAUUUGGGUUGCGGAAUCUGUGACAACUUGAGUCACUCUACAACGGUGGCAAUGGCUACAGAUGAUGUCAAUGUGCUUUAUAGGAUAGCUUCUCAGCUCUUUGGACAUUUUCAAAUAGAUGUAGAGGAUAUAAGAGGAAUGGGCUUGCAAGUUACAAAACUUGAGAUGGCAUUUAUUGCUAAACAAGGUAAUGAGAAGAAUUCAAUCCAUGCUUGGCUUUCUUCUACCAUGAAAAAUGACAGUAACCGACCUAAAAGUAAUCAGUCAAAGAGUGCUGAUACAGGUAAUGGUAAACAAAGUGUUGAUGAAGACACUACCCGUUUAGCAAGUUUUUUAGUAGGACCUUUGGUUCAAAGCAAUGCUAGGCCGUCUACUAGUAAUGUUGGUAAUAGACAAGAUGCUGGUCUUCCUCCUAUGCAUGAUCUUGAUGUGGGUGUUAUAGACUCUCUUCCUCCCGAGCUCCUUUCAGAAAUAAAUGAAAUUUACAAUGGGGAAUUAUUGAACUUUAUUUCAGAAAGGAAAAACAUUAGAGCUGAUAUAUGCCACAAAAGUUUGGAUGGUACACUCAGUACGGAAAAGACACGUUCUUCUAGUUGCCUUGGUUCAUCGGAUAAUUUGGUAAGUCGUCAGGUAUUCGAAUAAUCGAAUGGAUUAUUUACGUAUAAUGUAUCGGUAUUUCAUCGUAUAGUGAGAUAAUAUCUUUAGUAUCCCCAAUUCAUCUAAUAGUGAGAUAAGAUUUUGAUUAAUUGUCUUCUAAUAUUUUUAUUACGUGCAUCAAUAUAUAAAGGAGAACGCUCAUGCAGACUCUUGCUCUGGUGCUGCUUCCAGUUUAGAGAAAUCAAAUAUGAAUAUUAAUGGUUGUUCUGAUGUAGAGGCAUGUAUAAUGCCCUCUUCUCUAAGUCAAGUAGAUACCUCAGUGUUGCAGCAGCUGCCUGAGGAGUUGAAGGUUAACAUACUCCAGAACCUUCCAGCGCAUAGGACCUGCGAGUCUCCCUCACGUGCUUCCCUUAAGUAUGACAACAUCCAGAACAAUCAACUCUGGGUUGGAGAUCAACCUAAAUGGAUCAAAAAAUUUAAAGCUAGUAACUGCAAGACUUUGAAUGUUUUAGCUCAUAUUUUUUGUGAAUCAAGACCAAACAACAUGUUAUCAUUAGUGCUGCAGAAGAUUAUGUCUGAGAUAUGUGUCAUUGAUGAUGUGGAUGAUACAUGGUGUAAUGCUGUGAGUUCCAUGUGUGAACUUGUCAAGCAAUAUGUUGAACUGAAAGUUGAAACAGACAUAGAAGAGGUUUAUGUCUGUGCUUGCCUUCUGAGAAGGUUGACUGCAACGUCAAAAGUUUUCUGUGAAGUUUACAACAGCCUGCUUCCUUACCUUCAGGCACGUGUUAGCGAAACGUAUGGGGGAAGUCUACCACUGUCUCACGUGAAGGACUAAUUUAUUACUACAAAUGGUGUGUGGCCUCUGCCUUUGUCAUUGAUUUGGCAAUACCCGAUUGAUGAUCACAACACUCUCUCCAAAAUCUCAACUUCACCACUCUCUGAGAAAAUGGCCUCAUUUCGGCAUUUUACGUACACAAUCAUUACCUCUUGGAAGAGCAAGCUAUGGCCGCUGAUCGAGGCAGAUGACAGGUUAAAUGGGUAUUCGGUUGGGCUUAAGUGAGAAAACACCAGAGGUGACCAAGGACACUGGAGACCUGUAGGCCGUGGAAAAUUGUCCUCAAUAAGUUCCCUGCAUUGCAUCACAUUCCGAGAUUUUAUGCCAUCGGUAAUUCUUAAGACAAUAGACUUGGGCCCAAUUCAACCCCAAAAGUUAACUCAAGAGGUUGAGGUACCCAAGCUAUUAAAUAGCAACACAAUAUAAGGCUGCAUUGCCGAUGUGGGAUGAACAAGUGAACACGCCCCCCUCACACGAGGUGCAGAUUACUGCAGGCGUGGUCCCAAAAGUUAGGCGCAGAUUACUGCGGGCGCUCCGAUACCAUGUUGAGACAAUAGACUUGGGCUCAAUUCAACCCCAAAAGUUAACUCAAGAGGUUAAGGUACCCAAGCUUUUAAUUAGUAGUAGAAUAAAAGGCUGCAUUGCCGAUGUGGGAUGAACAAGUCAAUAGUAAUGAUACCCUAAAACUCAAACUCCUGCUAGGCCGUGAGUUGGCUGUUGUGAAUGUUUAUAUUUACUAUAUGUUGCUCUUCAAAAUUGGUCUAAGAAACAGAAAGUGUUGCUGCUAGGCUGUGGUACUGUGCUCCAGGGGAUCAAUCAGCUAUACUUGCUUGGUUGUGUAUAGAUGUUGAGAAUCGCGACAAUAAGCUCUGGGUUGGAGAUCCACCUAAAUGGAUGAAAUUUAUCGUGAAUCGCCAUUCAGCCUCCUCGGCAGUCUGCUCUUCAACUAAUUUCUGUUUUAAAAUUGAGAGAACAAUGUACGGUGCAAACCAUAAUAACCAUGAAAAUUUAUAACAUACUCGUAUUAGAAUUUGAGAUUUGGUUCUCUCCCUCUAUAAUUUGCUCUUUAUUUUCUGCAUGUCUUGUUUCAUUUUUGAGAAUUAAAAGAAAUUGUCGUGA